GGAUCUAUCUUCAUCUUUACGAGAGAAAAUAAUCACUGGAUUUAGUGGUACAAAUGAUACUCAAUUAUUAUUGCCUAUUCAUAUUCGUCAAUGUGAUUUACCAGAACUUCAAAAAACGGACGCAAUUGUUCUUAAUAAUUUACUUCGGCCAGAAAAUGAUCAUUAUCAAUAUUUACCGAUUAGUACGAACUCGGACGAAAUCUUGAAACAAAUUGUUAUUAGUAAACCAAUGACUCAAGUCAUUCUAGAUGUUGGUGCCUUGUUCGUUGAUGGAACUAAUCGUCAAAUAGCUAUCAAAUGGUUGGAUCUAUCGGAUAAAAUUCAAAUCGAUUAUGCUGUAUAUUUUGAAUCGGAUUCGAUAUACGUUUGUGAUCGUCAAUAUCAACAUCAUACUUUUUUGACAUCACCUGCUAGUGAACGUCUCGAUCGUUGUGUAUUUUAUUUAGAUGAAAUUCAUACGAGAGGAACAGAUUUUAAAUUUCCGAAUGAAUUUAGAGCUGCUGUCACCUUAGGAAAUGGUCUCACUAAGGAUCGCUUAGUUCAAGCAUGUAUGAGAAUGAGAAAAUUAGGUAAACAUCAUUGGUUAAGUUUUUGGAGUUCAAACGAAGUUCAUCAACAAAUUCGAACAAUGAAGAAAAAUUCAGUUUCACCAAAUGAUAAGGAAAACAUCAAUGAUCGAAUUACGCUGACUGAUAUUCUUCGUUGGGUUUAUGAAAAUACUCAACAGACGACUUGGGAUGGAUUACAUCUUUGGGCAACACAAAGUUUAAGUUUUCAACGAAAAAUUACUGCUUUUAGAAAUAUCGAUUGGAAAGAAAAAGAAACAUUCUACACAAAUACAAUAAUGGAAAACAUAUCCAGAGAAUGUUUGGAAGCUGAAGUCUUAGAAUUGAAAUCUAUGUAUGGUGUACCGAAAACUUUUCAAACAAUAUUUGACAUUUAUUCUGCUCGAUAUAAACAUUCUAAUGUUUCUUCAUCAGUUGAAAUUCAUGAAGCUGUUUCCAAACGAUUAUACGAUUAUGGUGGUUCGAAAAAACUUCUGACACAAUUAUUAGAUGAAGAGCAGCAACGAGAACUAGAGCGAGAACAAGAAUUAGAAGAAGAACGACAACAGAAGCGUCCUCCAUCUGUUCGUCCCUAUGAACCUCAAUUACACAAUGAGAUCAAGGCUUUAUGCGAUAUGCAUGGUCCUAUGUUGAAUUUAUCAAAAUUAACUUCAGUAUUUUGUCCCAUUGCUGAUGCUUUUCUUGGUACUACAUUCUAUCGUGAAUGUCAACCACAUUGUUGGCAACAAAAUCUUUGGAUUACUGAUGAAUUUAAACGUGUGAUUCAAACACAUGGAGAAUCAUUAGAUCCUUUUCUACGUCCUGCACGAUGGCUUCUGAUCUAUCGUAAUGAACAUAUAAUUUUUGUAAGUCCUUUCGAAGCCAAUUGGCUAAUGGGUCGACUACACGAUCUUUAUCGUAAGCAAUCACCUGGAGAAUUAUUCACUACAACAUUACGCCUACUGUUACCACGGAUUAGGCCGGAUCAAUCAAUUAUAGUUAACACACCCACUUUAACAGUCUCUCCGUCAAUCGCACCCGAUUGUGGUGCUGUUCUGUUUCCAAUUCUGACUGAAUGGUUGGUGUCAUUAUUUAUUUUUAACGGUACUCUCUACUUUGAAACUACCGAUGAACAAACAGCCUAUUGCCAUUGCCUUGGUGUAUGUCCCAAACCUCGUACCGAGAUUGAAGAAGAUGCUUUUGAGAAAGGUUGGAUUACUAUUAAUGGAUUUGUGGAAAAGUCAGAUCACCGCAACAUUUUACAACUUCGACAAUGUCGUUUUCAUGCCAAUCCUUUAGCAUUCAUUAGAAAAUUGAUGGAAAACAGAAAUAAUACACAUGUACCUCUUAUAUCCCAUGUUGGUAGCAUUCUUAUAAAUGCUGUGAAGAGAAUGGUGUCCGUUAAGCGAAAAGCAUACGAGCAAACGAGCUUUUCUGCCGAAAAAAAACUACGAAAAUCAUAAUAGCGAAAAGACAUUUCAGCGAACGUACAUGACAACGAAAAACAAAAUCGCUCUCAUCAUUUUCUUAUCCCUCACUUUCGCAUUCACAUAUUUGACUCAAAUAUUGUUCACUGUUUGCCAUUCGCUGAAAAGUCUUUCGUUAAUUUGACACCUUCCUCUAUGAAGCUUUCAGUCUGAUCAUUUCGACAAUGAAUCCGAGAGUUAUUGGAGUCAGAUAGUGCUCCAUUAAUUAUUUUUUCCUUCUUGAACAUGUACUUGCAAUUUUUCAGUUCUUAAAUAAACACGACAUGCCCAUGCGGUAUAAUAAAUUUCAUUUCAAGUCAGAGGAUGGGAGAGAGACAAUGGUAUUGUUGAAAACAACCCAUAUUCUGACUAUCAGGGUGUGGGUGUGAGUGUUCCUUUUUUCGUCACCCACACCCUACUUUUUGCAGUCGAAAGUGUCUGAAAAUCUUGUUGUUUCCAACUUAUUCUUAUUGAAAAAUUUUCUCGUUCGAAAAAUUUAUAAAAUCGUAAAAAGGUCAGAAGAAUUUCUCAUGAAGCGAAA